CCCACGGAUCAUCCCCAAGUGUUAACACCUAAAUUUCCCGGGGACGUUUGGGAAGCCUGGCAAUCCCAAUCCCGCGGAACAGUCCAAGGGCAGGCGCCGCUGGGCCACCAGAGGGCGCCAGGCGGGCCACAGCUACCCGAGAGCCGCGCUAUGGCGGCCGCGCGAGUGUUGCUGCUCCUGUCCGGGCGCCCGGAGUCGGUGAGCUUCGCGCAGAGUGUGUGUGGCCUCCUGGGCGCCAGGUCAGGGCUUGGGCCGUGGCCCAUGCACUGCAGCUUGAAACAAGGACGGCUCGUCCUCUCGGCUAGGCCAUUCCCAGGCGCCUCCUUCAGACUUCCGCUCCAGCGACCCCCUUUCUGCCCCUUUGCGGCCCUGGAUCAGCAGCCCUGGGCUUCAGGGGCGGAGCUGCCCACGAAUCGGGGUGUGGAUCUGGGUGUGGCCGUCAUUCUGCAGUCCAGCGACCAGACUGUCUUGUUGACCCGAAGGACCCGCACCCUCAGCAUUUCUCCCAACCUCUGGGUACCCCCAGGUGGACAUGUGGAACUUGAUGAAGAGCUGUUGGACGGAGGGCUUCGAGAGCUUUGGGAGGAAAGUGGACUACAGCUGCCCCAGGGCCAGUUCUCUUGGGUUCCUCUGGGUUUAUGGGAGACUGCCUACCCUCCUAGGCUGAGCUGGGGUCUCCCGAAAUACCAUCACAUCAUUCUCUAUCUACUUGUGAUCUCCCAGGAGUCACAGCAGCAGCUGCAGGCCCGGAUCCAACCAAACCCAAGUGAGGUGAGUGCCCUUAUGUGGCUGAGACCAGAUGUAGCAGCUGCAGUGGCUGCCACAGAGGAUGGGACAGAGACACCCAGACAUCUCCCUCAGGACCUACCACCCUCUGUCCCUGCAGUGGAACUAGAGGAUGGAGGAGCUCGACCUCUGGCCUUGCCCAUGUCCACACUGCUGCGGACGACCCCAAGCACAGCAGAAAGCAAAGAGAGGGUCAGCACUGGGACCAAGUUUGCCCUCAGGCUCUGGCUGCAACAUCUGGGCAGUGUGACAGCCCUACCAUGUGCAAGUGGAGCUCACGUGGAUCCAGGGCCAGCAAAGGAAGAACGGAACAUGGACCCUCUCCCCUCAAACCAGGGAUCUGGAAAGUGAAGUGCAUAAUCCCCUCCCCAGCCCACCUCUGUGACACUCACAAAACAUUCACAACCUUUAUUAUGGGUAAGAACUUUGCUACAACUUUGGGAAUAAAAAGUAAAAUUACAACAUAGGUCCUAGGCCCUGGAGA